CGGGUGGGAGCUGGCUGUCCUGUAGUUGCAGACUUGCCUGAACCGCUGUCUCCCUUUGGGGGCUUGGGCCACUAGCUGGUAUGCUCUCGUGUGGGGCCACGCACCCGGGCAGCGCCGUUCUUACACGGGUGUCAGGACUGGACCCCCAGACCACAGGGCCAGCAGCCUGCGGGACCUUCGCCUGGCCAUUUCCGGGGGGUGGUGACGCAGGAGGACUAAGGGUCUGCCUCCCCACACCCCUCCACCCCACUGCACCUGGUUCUCGCCCUGGCCAGCUCUCCGGCAGGCCCUGCGGCCCUGGCCUGGUGGCUCCUGCAGUGUGUGGAGGCCAGGGCCCUGGGCUGGGCCUUCUGUGAAGGACGUGGUGAUUGGCGCUUCCACGGCCAGCGGAGCCUAACGUAGAGCCAGCACCAUCCUGCCCAGCGAGGGCUCCAGCAGCGCCCGCUUGUCUUGCUCCUUCUCCUCUUGUCUGUGCCCACAGCGGGCGCACUGUGCCCUUCCAGGGGCCUCCUGCAGCCUCCAGGCUCUCCUGCCCCACGAGGCAGAGUUGGGCAGCGUAACCACCUGUCCCCUGGCUGUCUGGGGCAGGGCAGUCAGAUCCGCCCUGGGGCAAAGGGCGGGGUCUGGAGAAGCCGGGGUCAGCCCAGGUCCCUCUGCUGCCUCCUUGGGGCCUGAGGCCAGGGAGGAGGUCGGGCUGACAGGGCGACUCGGAGCUGCCUACUUACGCUUGUUUUUGUGCCUCAAGGAGCCACCUUCCUCGUAAGUUUUGGAAACUCCGAGAAAUCAGAAACGAUGGUUUGUCGUCUUUCCAGCAACCAGAGGUACCUGCUGCUGGACGGGGCCAGCCACCGCGAGAUCGAGGUCACACACAUCUUGGCCGUGCAGGUCCUCACGGAAGGCUUCCCCGCUGGAGAUGGCUCUUGGCUGCUCUUCUCUCCUGCCUGCCCACCUUCCUGCCUAGACAAAGACACGCACACUUACACCAGCCUCCUGGGGAGUCCGCCCGCCUCCGAAGGGGGCGCUGCGCGGGCCACGGGCAUGUCCCUGCAGUACUCGGCCCCAGGGGCGGAGGUCGUGGCCCAGCUGAAGCUGACUGCAGGGGAGGAUGCACACGGCAGCAGGAAGCAGGCGACGGCGUGGCUGGCAGCCAUGCACAAGGCCGCCAAGCUCCUCCACGAAUCUCGGGACCAGUAACUGCACGGGCUGGAGCGCGGAGCCUGCUCGCUGCCUCGCCCGACCCCAAGCGCGGUGGGAAGGCAGCGCGAGGCUCUGGAGGAACAGUCGUGUGCGCUUACCUCGUGCGACACGUGCACGUUCACUAACGCUCCAACCGCUCCGGCUCGAGAGCCUGCGUUUUCCUGGUGAUGCCUAAGUGGGUGGAGACCCAGCUACACAACCGCUGAACUGUUUGUAGCAUAACCUUUGCCAUGUUUGUACGAGUCCAGGCUUACCAGGAGGUUCUGGACCCUCGUCUUCGUGAAUUGUCUCACGGGUGAUCCGGGCCUGCGGGAGCCGGGCGGCAGAUGGCACUAAUGGCACUAGGGCACUAACGCGGGCUAUGCAAGCCUUUCAUACUUCACUACAGGGGAGGAGCCAGCUGUGUAUUUUGUACUUUUCACUCACUGUUUCACUUUAUUAGAACAAUUGUACAACAAUUUGUAUAUGAAGCUUGAUUAAACCCUAUUUUAAGAA